AACUAUGACAUUAAUGCGAUUAAAUAUUUUAAUCGUUUGACAAUUGUGAAUUCUUUUAAAGCUGGCAGUUGAGGGAAAUGUCAAUUUUAAUUGAAUGUGCAAACUCUUUAGGGCAUUUUUUUAAGGACUCAAAGGUCAUGUACUGUAUGUUCUUUGCCAUAACAACAGCCAACAAGUGUGUUUGCAUUUACCUCAUUGGCUUUUUGUUUAAAAAAAAGAAAAAAACAUGCAUGUGUCAACCCUCCAAAAAACCUCAUAAGGAAAUCAACACCUACAUUGACAGUUGAGUUGUUGCACAACUUCAGCAGCCCGCACUCCAAACUACAGUUGAGCUGACAGCCAUGAAUCCUCUAGGUCACCCGGCUGAAAAUGUUCCACUGCAGGGGAGGUAUGAUGGGCUCCCUGGUCUGCCUGGAGGAUCUACAGUGAUUCAGUACACCACUGUGAACAUGCCCCCCGAGCCCCCCAAGGACCACAUCAUCUGGUCCCUCUGCUGCUUUCUCUACUCAAACCCCUGCUGCCUCGGGCUGGCGGCUCUCAUCUUCUCCAUCAAGGCCAGAGACCAGAAGGUGGCUGGAGAUCUGGAGGGUGCCCGACACUACGGCUCCACUGCCCGCUGCCUCAACAUCUGGGCCACAGUCCUGUUUUCCAUCAGUGUCCUUAUUACCAUUAUUAUAGUGACUGUCAUAAUUGUACAGUUGUCCAAUUACAGCAGUUACCCAUACAAUUACAGAGGCUAAAUUUGAAAUGCAGUAGUAUUAAAGUUGCUGCUGCUGUGGCUUGGUGAUACUUGUGUUUCACUGCUUUCUGCUCAUGGCACAAUUUCUAACAUUUUAUACCUUUUUACUUACUGCACAUCCUGGAGCAAAAGAUAUACUAUAUUUCUAUUUGUGUUACAAAGGCUAAAAUGGAACUCAUCCAUGUUUCAUUAACUGCUGUCUGCAGUCAAGUUUCAAUGCCAGACUUUUUUUUAUUAAAUUGAGAUUUCCUGUCUGUCUGGUCUUUGUCUCAGCAAUUGUUUUAAGUUUCGUUUUCCAAUAAACGAAAGUUUCAUAGUA